UUGUCUGUGUUAAUCCUCGUGCGUAUCUGCGAGCAAUUUUUAAGUUUUCUUCAAGAUAAUACCAAAUUAAUUUCUCUUUAUGAAACGGUUGUGAUUGGCAUCCCUCUCUUUAUAAAAACCGUUUCGUUCUAAUUUCUCGGAGAAGAUAAAAAAUCGAAACAGAAUUUACCCAUUUAACGGCGACAAUCGAACAUGCUCCUCCAAGCUUUUCCAUCAUCAUCAUCGGAGAUCUCUCCCGCCGGCGAUAUAGCCUGGACGGGAACUUCGCCGGAGACCUCCGACGGAACGGAACAGUUCGACGCCGUCACGCACCGGGAGGAAGGCGAACGGAGACAACCGCCGGCAACGGCGGGGAUAUACAUUCGACGGAAGCUGCCGGGGAGGAAGAUGGCGGAGGAUCCGCCGGCGAUUAAGUCGACGUCGGUGAUGAAGAGGUACCACACGAGCGACGGACGUCUGAUUCUCCGGGAAGAGACGGCGACGCAUCGCGAGUACUUGAGGGCCCACAGAUCCAACGGUCGCCUGAGGCUGGAACUUGUCUCCCUAAACGUCGUCGUUCGCCGGCAAGGAGAAGGGGAGGACGACGACGGAGGGAUCAUCCAGUGCGGGAAGGUGCAUGGGAACACGUGUUCUUAUAUCGAAUCUCAGCCGUCCAUCACGCGCUUACGUUCUCGCCUCCUCCAAGUGCCGGUGACGGAGACGCACUAAAGAUAGGAAUCUCCAAAACUCAUGU